UGUCUCUUUCAACCAAUGAACAUCGGAAUACGUGUCAACAGAAAAUUACAAAAGCUUCACUUGUAAAUUCAAUGCUCAUUCCAAAGAAAACGCAAUAAAAAGUACUGAGCAGUUUAUCAAAAGUUUAAUUUGUUAGAAUAAUGCUAGUUCUUUACCUACUUCUAGUUUCUUUCCAGUAUUUUCGGGUGAACGGGCAAUCCUUUGCAUCAAAUACAAAGAUUAACCCUAAAGAACUGAAAUGCCUAGUCUGUGAGAAAACAGUAUUAGAAAUUGAUAGGGCAAUUAGUAAGAUUAGUCCAGAUAAAAUGGUCGAAGUAGGUGGGUUCAGGUUAGAUGGAGAAGGAAAUUACCAGCAUAAGACAGUACCCCAGUCCAGAUCUGAACUAGCAUUAUCUGAAGUUAUGGAAACUAUAUGUGAUAAAAUGGACAAUUAUAUCCGGGCAAUAUGGAAAGAGAAUGGAACUCUAACAUUAUUAAGUAUGACCAGUGAAGACGGGUUGAUGAACCCUAAUUGGAGUGAUGUGGACAUCAUCCAGGAUGAUGAUUUGAACAAGAGCCUGAAAUAUAAUAUUCGAAUGCCCAAUUGAUAAGAAAUCAGAUAAAUUGAAAUCUUGAAAACCAAAUACGGCGAAUUAUCAACACUGUGUUUGUUAAUUCACGCACAACUGCUGCAAAGCUUUCUCUUGUGAUCAUCCAAAAUCUAUACAUUACAAAUGAAUGUAUCAGCUACUAAGCUAAAAAUCCCAUCUGCUGAACGUGCGUAUGGUACCCAUAAAAGGUUAAUUCCGGCACCUUCUCACUGGUUUUUUAAUGGGGCAUGGGGCCGUCUAAACAAUUUAAAAUUCCUUCUUUUGAGAUAAGAUGAUGGGGCCUUUUGUAAAGACCCAGUAUACCAAAGCCCUUGAAGUCAUUCAGUCCCUAGCCCAAAUUCAGCAUGAAUCUGUGCGGAGAGUCGUUGAAAAUUGAAUCAGUGGUGAAGACAAUAUUUGAAUGGUGAUAGUCCAUACAAAUUGUCAUAUACCAUUCGAAUCAUUUACGUCAACGGCAUCGGCCGAGUUUCCAGAGAGAGAGAGAGAGAGAGAGAGAAACAUGCAACACGUAUGUUAGAAAGAUUGUGCCCACAUCUAAUCGUCACGUUGUCUUGCAACAACAGUGAGGAAGGUCACGGGGCACUCUUUCUAACUGCUGUGGCACGCUUGUCUCGUAACCAUUGAAACUCGGCCGUCCUCAACCAUAAAGGAUUCGGUCGGUAGGGCGCUAUCUAAUCAAAAAUGGAUUUUGUGAAUACCUCAUACACAGUUCCUUCUAUUCUACUUCAAUAUCAACCCGUCCUUAUAGGAAAACCCUCAAAGUUGAAUCAAAACUAAAAAUCUCCAGUGUUGAAAAAUGAUAGUAUUGUUUUUUUGAUGUUAUAUGACAAGUACGUCAGGGAAAUCCAUAUCACUUAUUUUCGUCCGUUUUCGCGUCUGUCUGUCCGCUGGUCCUUGGCCCGUCUAUCACUUGGAAAGUGUCCCUCAGAUUUUGAUGUAAUUUCCACACAAGGUUACUACUAUGUCAAUGACCAAAAAGCUUUAUAGUUGUAAACCAGUCCAGUGACGGCGGAGCUGGGGGAAAAACGACAAAAAAUCGUUUAAACUUCGUUUUUUUGGCGUUUCAUUUUUCUGAACAAAGCAUUAAAUGACAAAAGUUAAACAAACGCAAAUUAAAAUACGUAGUCGUGCCAUAAGUUCUGU